AUGGCGGACGCAACGACUUCUACCUCGGGCGAGGCUUCUCAGCCUGUUGCCGUUGUCUGUGUAGGGAUGGCAGGCUCCGGCAAGACGACUUUCAUGCAGCGAAUCAAUGCCCAUCUCCAUGCGCAGAAAGAGCCGCCAUACGUGAUCAACCUCGACCCGGCUGUCCUCAAUGUGCCCUUCGACAGCAAUAUUGAUAUCCGCGACUCGGUCAACUAUAAAGAGGUCAUGAAGCAGUACAACCUUGGUCCAAACGGCGGCAUCUUGACAUCUCUAAAUCUUUUCGCGACCAAGAUCGACCAGGUAUUGAACCUGCUCGAGAAGCGCACCGCACCCGAACCUGAGAAUCCAAACAAAAAGCCAGUCAAGAACAUUCUCAUCGACACGCCCGGUCAAAUUGAAGUGUUUGUCUGGUCGGCGUCCGGCACUAUCCUCCUCGAGUCUCUCGCAUCCUCCUUCCCGACAGUGAUUGCAUACAUCAUCGACACCCCACGAACAGCCUCUACCUCGACGUUCAUGAGCAACAUGCUCUACGCUUGCAGUAUCCUAUACAAGACCAAGCUGCCCAUGAUCUUGGUCUUCAACAAGACAGACAUCAAGGACGCAUCGUUCGCCAAGGAGUGGAUGACAGACUACGAUGCAUUCCAGAAUGCGCUCCAGGAAGACGAGAUGAACAACGCCUUUGGCGGUGCCGAGGGUGGCGACGGCAUGGGCAGCGGCAGCGGCUACAUGGGCAGCUUGCUGAACAGCAUGAGCCUGAUGCUGGAGGAGUUCUACGCGCACCUCAGCGUGGUCGGCGUCAGCAGCAUGACAGGGCAGGGCGUCGACGAAUUCUUCCAGGCGGUACAGGAGAAGGCAGAGGAGUUCCGGCGGGACUACCAGCCAGAGCUGGAGAAGAAGCGGAAGGAGCGCGACGAGGCGAAGAAGAAGACCCGCGAGAAGGAGCUCCAGAAGAUGAUGAAGGGCAUGUCCGUUGGUGGGAGCGCAGAAAAGGAGAAGGCCCCUGGUGAAGACGACGACGAUGAUAUGGAUGUCGUCAGCGACGGCGAUAGCGACGACGAAGCCGACGAUGACGAGAACGAUCAGGAGGGUCUGCAGUCACGCUACGAGGCUGCGCUCAGGGGCGAUGAUGAAUCGCUGGGGGCAGAUGCAAGCUUUGCAAAAUACCUACACUCGCAGAGGUGA